ACAGUCAUUCGGCCGUUGAAAUUAUGUAACAACCAUAACAACUGGAAUGUACCCGCCACAAAAAAAUAUGUACCACCAUCCGCGAGGAAUCGACAACGAGUAAGUACUUAUCAUUGAGCGCACAGCGGGUUGCGGUUGCGGCACAUUGUGCAACCGGAUCCCACGGCCAGAUGGUAAAAGUGACAAUUCGGCGAUUCACGGCCAUUUUCACUGUUAGAAAAAUCGCGCAAAUAAUCGGGCGGCAAAACGAUUAGAGGCGGGCUUUAUGGACGCUUUCUAGGUGUGCUGACUGCUUCAGAGCAGAGCACAGAUCGCGACGCGCGCGCGCAGCUGCCGGACGAACAAAUGUUUACUCACCGUUCGAUAAAAGCCGAGGCAGCCUCCACAGAAGCCACAAGCGUUCGCUCAGUCGCGCACCACCCGCCAGUGUGGUAACUGAUCCUUUUCGUAAGCGGCCACGUAUAUAACAAAAAAAAGGCACAAUCCAGCGCAGAAAUGCGGACGGCGCUGAUCUGUUUACUGGCCGUCGUGGCCCUCGCGGCCGCUGGGGAGUACGCCGCGGAGGAACCCUGGGUCGAAGAGGAAGAUGUGGAGGACAAUUACGAUGAUGAAGCGACGGAGGAGACGCACAGCCGAAGAAGGCGGGAAGUCUACGUCGAGGGUCCUUACGACGAACACAUAAGGAUCAAGAGGUGCGACGAUGAGCCGGUGUACCGCGUGCGCCGCUCACAGGAAUACGUGCGAUUUCCACGCCAAGUCCACCAGUAUGAGGUGCACGAGUUUUCUGACGAUGCCGCCCCCGAGUCGCCUCCUUACGAAGAAAUGUUGGCGGCCAGCGCAGACCAUUACCACAGAGUGUACGCGGCUCCGGGGCAGCCGGCCGCGAGGUAUCUCAACCCUGAAGUGAGUGAGGGAGUAUUGUCACCUGUGGCGUCUCACCCUGUGCAAUAUGUCGCGGCCCCUAACCCUGUGCUUAAACCAAAGUAUGUCGAUAACAUUCAGGUUGUGGCACCCCCUAAUGCUAAUGUGUUCGGCGAUCAUGUCAAGUUCGUGGCUCCGGAGAAGGCUACCCACCCUGUUCAUUUUUUGGGUCACACCGGUGUGAGUGUGGCGGCGGCCCCAGCGGGACCGCUCCCCGCGGCCGUGGCCCCAGUGCCCGUGGUGGUAGGGCCCGUGCCGUUGAAGCAGUUGUCAGGAGACCUGCUGGGCUCGGCCGCUGAUCAUCACGAUAAGCAUCAUCAUGGUCAUGAGUCGGGUGGUGGACAUCAUCAUCACGGUGCUCAUCAUGGCGAACACGGAGGGAAGCACACUGAAGGGUAUGCAGGACACCACCACGUAGACAAAGGCGCUAAAGGUUUCAAGACCGACCACAACCACCGCAAGGAGUACGAGGAGGCCGCUGGCAAGAAGCACAAGCAUCACGACCACGCUGGCCACAAGGGCAGCCACGAAGAGGAGGCGCAUGGCUCCAGAGGCGCCAAGUUCGACGAGAAGAAAGGACACAAGAAAGGGCACAAGACGAAAGGCUACCACAACAAAUACCACAAGGACGAGUUCCACAAGGAGCACAAGUUCUACGACGACUUCCACAAGAGCGGCGAGCACCACCGCUACGGCAAGUUCCAUGCCAAGCACGCCAGCAACGAGAGCGGUAAGAAGAAGGCGCACCACGUCAACGCCGGACACGACAUUAUGGAGCGAGGCAAGAAGGGAUACAGCAACAAGGGCCACACGGACGCCGACCACAAGGGGUACGAAGGCAAGCACGGACAUGACGAGCACCACGAACACCAUUCCCACCACGGCAAGAAAGGCGGCAAGGAUGGAGGUUCCCACUGGGGCUACCAACAGAAGCACUAGUCCUUAUCACCAAGACAUAAGGCUUCAUUUCUCCACGACGCUACUUCACGGAUGGUCCUGUCAGUUAUUGGCUCUAGUGUUCGUUAUGCAGAUAACGUUUUACUCUGGCCUGAGGUACUAAGGAUAUUUACAUAUUGCACGAUGCGGCAACGCCCGACCAUAUAGGCGGACGUCGCAGUCGUGCUACAGCGCUGCGGUGUAGUGUAUAACAAUACAUCGGGGUCUCGCAUUUUUUGAUGAAUUUUCCUGCGAAUUCUGUUCAUACGUAAUGUAAAAACAAUAUACAGUAAGGCUGGCAUUUCUCAAGGCUAUUUGCAAUUGCUAUUUAUAAUUUGGACAGCAGAAUCACCUUUUCAGUCCAUAAAAAGCACGAAAUGGUUAAUACUGCAAACUUUUAAUACUAAAUUUAUACUUCAAAAUGUCUACAAUUCUGCCAACGGUUAUUUCUUUCUAUAAGAUUUAACUAUGCUCAACAACGCGCCAUAAGAACGCAGUUCUGACCACUUGCAGUGCAAUAUGUAAAUGCCUUAAACCCUAAACGUUUCUAGGGGUAAUUUUUCAUUCUCAUCAGCUAGUACAAUACUUAGAUCCUAGAUAACGUUCAAUCAAAAAUCCAACUGUGGUCCUAUUCUGGAAGAACAAACUUACUUUUUCAGUUCGGAAUACGCCGGUGUCAUUUGAAUUGUAUUUGAAAUUCAUGUUUUAUAAUUUUAAAUCACACCACGGGUUCAGAGGUAUAAAAUGAGGCUGUUCUUAAAGUAUAGCACAAGCCUCAGAAUACUACAAGUUAUAGAAUUUCGUUUGAACUAUACUGUUUCCAGUAUUUUAAUGAUAGUUCAGAGUUUUUCUAAAGUACCGGUGGUAGUAGUAGAUAUAAUUUUGAGAAGAAUGUCAUUGUAGUUGAUGUGUGCGACAAUUUUAUAAAUAAGGCACAAAUUUUUUUUUAAGUAUUGCAUUAAAAAAAACGAGCUAACGUUUUAAAGCAACACUUGUUCAUUGUUAGUUGAUCUUUUGAAGAAAAAUAUAAUGAAAAACAUAGAUUUCAACAUUGCAUUUGCAUUUUCUAUUUCAUGUAAAAAACUAGUUAAAAAGAAGUAAAAAGAUACUUUAUUGCCUUGCAUUAAAGAGCAAUCGGAUUAUAGCAUCUAAAAAUAAUUUAUGUAACAAAUUGUUUUCUUCGAAUAGCUCCAUUUAGUUAUUCGUUUUGUGCGCUGCCAAUCAAUUGUCUGUAAAGCAUCGUCAUUAAUUUCCACCGCAAUACUUAUUGAGCAACUAUCGUCGUUACAUUCAAAAAUUACAACAUUUUUAUUCAGAGACUACAACAAUACAAAAGAAAAAUGCAUGUACUAAUGAAUUAUUUUCUGAUUGCGAACUGUAUCAAUAACAUUGAGGAAUCGGUAUUUGACCCAAAAUACGAAAAAGACAACUAUCGAGUUUUUCGUAAUACGCUUCGAGACCGGAACUAAUCGGCCGAAAGCCGUCGUCUAUUAAGAAAACUGCCUGCUAUUUUAUUCUAUAUCACUUUUUAUGCGUCGCACUAGUUUAGAUUCUAUUUAUUUUCUCGAGCGACUGUGAACUACAUAAAGUUCAAGAUCACUUUUGAGUAAUUUUUCGAAAGUAUAUAUAUCAACAGUGUUUAAGAAUCAAAUAAGCAAUAUUUAUAAAAAAAUAUAGAUGCACUCAUCUAUUUAUUGACGAAUUACAUACGUUAAUUCGUUACGUAUACGUUGAGACGACAAAACGUCAAUUAAUAAAUAAAUCAGUGCAUGUAUACCGUUGAAACUUGUUUUAUUUAAUGAGUGGUGUGCGUGAAAUCUCAUGAAACAAAUAAUAUUAAUUAUUUGUCAUUGGAAUUAACUUGGGUUGAUUUCCUUUAAAUUAUUAACUUUAAAUUACAAAUACUUCAAAAUAUAAUAAUUACAAAAUUCAGGAGUACCUUCUUACCCCUCGUUUACACCAAGGUAUAAUACAUGUAAAUACCAGAUUUUAUACAAUGUCUUAAUUUUUAUGUUCACGCUCAUAUACAUGUAUAAAACAUGUAGUAUGCAAUACUUGCAUCAAACUUUUUGGCUACACAAAAUAUGUGAAGUAAAUAAUGAUUUAUACUUGUAAUGAUACUCGUUGUCUAUGAAGUGUAAACAAAAGUAUGUCACUACACAACAAGGAUUCUACAAGUUUUGUGUAAAACUAGUAUAUGACUUGUUUCUUGGUGUAAAAGAGGAAGGGCGGGAGGAGAAGAGAUACAUAGAAGUUAAUGUAAACAGCUUAUCUUCUGGAAGACUGGAUUUGGUAAUGCAGAUUGGAUAUAUAUUUUAUUGCAAAAAUAAAACUUGAUACCUGAACACUUUUGAUGUGUUUAUUGUAAAAUUAAUUGAUAUAAGCUUGCUAUGUUAUAAUAGAUGUGUAUUUUUAAAAUUACAUGUAAUUUGUCUGUAACAAACUUAAUAUCAUUCUGAUAUUCAUAAAUAGUAUCUUCAGUUAUUUUUUUGUAAAUAAUGUUGUGCUUAAUUAUAUCGUUACUUAGAAUUUAAGUUGUUAAUUUUU